UAAUUGGUAACCACACUUACUAUUUGACCAAUCAAACAACCAAACUAUUUCAAAGACCAGUAUAAAUAUUUGGACAAUCAAACAGUUAUAUAGUAACAGACAUCAUUCCUCAAAAACACAAAAUUUGAAAAUACAUAUUCAUCUUUCCAUCUUCUAUUCUAUCAAUGGCGUCUAGAGCAACAUCACUUUUCAUCUUCUUCUUUCUCAUCUCUUGCACUUUCAUGUUGCUUGAAACCAAUGCAUCAAGAAAUGAGCAUAGUAGCAAUCUUCCAUUGUGCACAUUCAAACUGAAUUGUAGUGGCAUAUGGUGUCCUGAAAAAAUAGAAAAGCAUAACUGUAUCAGGUGGACUUGUGGCUUUAGUGAAGAUUGUGACAAGUUUGUUCGUUGCGAAAAAAAUGCAGGACCUGUUUGUUUUGAGGGAAUAUGCAAUUGUACCCAAUAAGAUAGUUUAUUGGGUAAUCUGCUUUUCUAGCUUUGUAAUCGAUAUAUGAAUACAAUCGCAACAAUUUUAUUUUAUCCUUCCGACGUUGUUAGUUGUUACCAUCAAGUUGUCGAAACACACAAUGCAGUCGAUAUCUUUUAAGGAUAUGAAAUCAAAAUUGCUCUUGAUUAUAGAGAAGAAGUUAGAUGA